AUGGCUACCGUAGUUUUGGGCAGCCAGUUCGGUGAUGAGGGGAAGGGAAAACUUGUUGAUAUCCUCUGCAGCGAGGCAGAUGUGUGCGCAAGGAGUGCAGGAGGAAACAAUGCUGGACAUACAAUUGUGGUGAAGGGAAUUACUUACGAUUUUCACCUUCUGCCCUCAGGUCUUGUGAAUCCUAAUUGUCUCAAUCUCAUCGGCUCUGGUGUCGUUGUUCAUGUUCCAUCCUUCUUCUACGAGCUCGAGAACAUCCAAAAGAAAGGGCUCGACACCACUGAUCGUAUUUUCAUCUCCGAUCGCGCCCAUCUUGUUUUCGAUCUUCAUCAAAAAGUUGACGGGCUUGAGGAGAGUGCCCUUGGCUCCUCACAAGUUGGUACCACCAGGAAGGGUAUCGGCCCAACCUACUCUACAAAGGCUGCCCGUAGCGGCAUUCGGGUCUACGAGCUCUUCCAUUGGGAGACAUUUGAGAAGAAGUUGAGAGGUCUUGCAAGGUCAUUCAAGAAGCUUCAUGGAGAUUUAUUGGUCUACGAUGUUGAGGAGGAAUUGGCGCAAUACAAGGUCUACUAUGAAACACUGAGGCCGUACGUCAUUGAUGCGGUUCUCUUCAUGCAGAAGGCUUUUGACACCAAUAAGAGAAUUUUGGUUGAGGGCGCAAAUGCCCUUAUGUUGGAUAUCGACUACGGCACAUAUCCUUAUGUCACCAGCUCCAACACUGGGAUUGGUGGUGUCAUCACUGGACUGGCUAUCUCACCCUUCAAGAUCAAGAACAUCAUUGGCGUUGUCAAGGCCUACACCACCCGUGUUGGGGGUGGUCCAUUCCCUACUGAACAAUUAAAUGAAAUUGGCGAGCACCUCCAGAAUAUUGGAAAGGAAGUCGGUGUCACUACAGGCCGUAAGCGCCGUUGUGGAUGGCUCGAUCUUGUGAUCGUCAAGUACUCCACUGCUGUAAACCACUAUACCUCCCUUAACCUGACCAAACUUGAUAUUCUUGAUGGUCUUUCUGAGAUCAAGAUCGCCAUUGGUUACAAGUUUGAAGGCCAAGAGCUUGAGUCCUUCCCUGCUGACCUUACGGUCCUCGAAAAAUGCGAGCCCAUCUACAAAACCUUCCCUGGAUGGUCAUCACCAACAACCAAGCUUGCCUCCUGGGAUGAACUUCCAAAUGAAGCGAAGAACUACGUUGACUUCAUUGAGAAGUUUGUUGGUGUUCCAGUAGGGAAUAUUGGGGUUGGCCCCGGAAGAGAACACAUGUUGACGCGAUAG